AAGAAGCAGUUGAGCGCAGGGCAGCUCGUGUCUUCUCAGCUUCAGUGGCUCAGGUGCUCAGUUCCCAACCUCCGUUGAUGGAAGGCUGUGGUUUGGAGUUGCGGGUUGACCUCCUCGCCAUCAUCUCCACCUCCACCUGGAGAUUUGGGGCUUCCUCUGCUCGUGUUUUCCUCAAGCUGCCUCUGGGGCCAGUUGAAUGCCCAACACAUGGAUACCCAGAGGAUACUGGGGUUGGGAAAUCGAGCAUCGUUUGUCGCUUUGUCCAGGACCACUUUGAUCACAAUAUUAGUCCUACUAUUGGAGCAUCCUUCAUGACUAAAACCGUACCUUGUGGGAAUGAGCUUCAUAAGUUUCUGAUCUGGGACACAGCUGGUCAGGAGCGGUUUCAUUCCUUGGCUCCAAUGUACUACCGAGGUUCAGCAGCAGCCGUGAUAGUUUAUGAUAUCACCAAACAGGAUUCAUUUCAUACUUUGAAGAAAUGGGUGAAAGAACUAAAAGAACAUGGUCCUGAAAACAUUGUAAUGGCAAUCGCUGGAAACAAAUGUGAUCUUUCUGAUAUCAGGGAGGUUCCUAUGAAGGAUGCCAAAGAAUAUGCAGAAUCUAUAGGUGCAAUUGUUGUUGAAACCAGUGCAAAGAAUGCUGUUAACAUUGAAGAGCUUUUUCAAGGAAUAAGUCAGCAAAUUCCACCCUUAGAUCCUCACGAAAAUGGUAACAACGGAGCAAUCAAACUUGGAAAGCAGACUUCACAGACGGGUAGGCGGUGCUGCUGACCCAACUGGGAUCUUUUUAGAUUUACUUGAAAAAACAGCACCAUUUGCUUUUUUCACUGAGAAAGGACUUCAUGAUCGCAGUGACAUGGCUCCUUGUCUUGAAAGCAGUAAUUUCAAUACUUCCCAUGAGCAAUAAUGCGAGGACCAGAAGCAGAAAGCUUUACUUCAAAAGGAUUUUGCAAAACCUAGUUGGAAAAUCCUCUCUAAUAUCCUGACAAAAUUACAAUGUCAAAGUACUCUGAUUCUCUGUUCAAGCCAAUGACUGGUUUUGAUUUUUUUUUUUU